UAAGUACCUAGCUAGCUAUCAAGCUAAGUGAAUGAAGAAGACUCGUCUCAAAAGAAAGUUGUAAACGACUCAACUUUUUUCAAGUCACAAGGAGGAGCUACAGCAUGCAGGGAUUGUUGAUACAGGCACUGGCACUGAGACAGUUGGGAAGGCUGAGUACCCGAAAGCUGCUGAACCCUGGACCGGGACCUUACUGGACAGAAUGGUGCCCAAGGACACUACACACCCGCCAGCUGUGUGGUUCCCCCUCUUUCCUGACCCUUGGGGGACACAAGCUUCCUAAACGCUGGAAUUCAGCUAAGAGCAGGUUGGUUCUUCAUCAGGUGAGGUUCAAAAGCAGCAAGAAGAAAGGAGGCGCAAAGGUCGUACAGGAAGAGGAAGAAGAUGAUGAAAAGGACCUGGAGGACAGUGACUAUGACGAUGAACCUGAGGAUGACUCCAGUGUGCCAAAAGACUACAAAGACAUAGAGAAAUAUGUGCAGUCCUUUCGAUAUGAUGUUAUCAUGAAAGCUGGCCUUGACAUAGCACGCAACAAAGUGGAGGAUGCAUUCUAUGGCAACAAGCUUUGGCUAAAUGGACAGAAACUUGUCAAGAAAAGUAAAUUGGUUAAAGUUGGGGACACCUUGGACCUGGUAUUGUUAGAGAACAAAGAAACAGACACUGUCACGCUUUUGAGAGUCAUCAUCAAGAAGGAAUUGGGUGAAUCCAAGGAUGGAGACCGGUACAAAGUUGUUCUGAGGCGCUGGAAAAACUUAGAACUUCCCAAGCAGAAUGCCUUUAAACAAUGAGUUUGUGUACAAUACUGAAUACACCACUCCCCAUUGACAAGGGAUUUGGAAUAUCUAUGUCUAUGCAUGUUACUACAUCAAAGUGAAUGGUGCAUUUUUUUUACAUAGUCUUCUUGGUAUGUGUCAUCAUUGGCUUAUCUGUUUUCAAAUGGCUUUGGGCCUUGACACAAUUUUCUAUUAACAAAUAUUAGUAAGAUGACUUCUCAAUAUUACUAUGUAAUUAUGAAAUGGAUGGUCAUGGUUUGAAUCAGAUGCAGUGGGAUAAGUUAUGGAGUGCUAAUAAAGUGAAAUGCUGAAUUUGA